CCGGGGCCCCGACGCCGAGGCCGCCCGCGGCGCGCGCCGCCGGGGGGAGCCCGCCGCCCUAGAGAGGGCCGCCCGCAGGAUGGUGCAGUCCUGCUCCGCCUACCGCUGCAGGAACCGAUACGACAAGGACAAGCCCGUUUCUUUUCAUAAGUUUCCUCUUACACGACCUGACCUCUGCCAGAAGUGGGAGGCCGCAGUGCGAAGAAAAAACUUCAAACCUACUAAAUAUAGCAGUAUUUGUUCAGAACACUUUACUCCCGAUUGCUUUAAGAGAGAGUGCAACAACAAGCUACUGAAAGAGAAUGCUGUACCAACCAUAUUUUGUUUCACUGAACCACAUGAGAAGACCGAGGAAAUUUUUGAACAUCAAGAACAGCUUCCUCCACCACCACCUCCUGUACCCCAAGUGGAUGCUGCUAUUGGAUUAUUGAUGCCUCCCCUACAUACUCCUAAUAAUCUUGCAAUUUUCUGUGAUCACAACUACACCGUAGAAGAUACAGUACAUCAGAGAAAAAGGAUUCAACAGCUAGAAGAACAAGUUGAAAAACUGAGAAAGAAGCUCAAGACUGCACAGCAGCGAUGCCGAAGACAAGAACGCCAGCUAGAAAAACUCCGAGAGGUUGUACAGUUUCAAAAGGAGAAAGACAUCUUAUCGGGAAGAAGAUACGUGCUUCUUCCUAAUGACUAUUUUGAAAUUGUAGAAGUACCAGCAUAAAAAAAAAACUGGAUUGAUUUUCCCCCUCUUCCCCCUUCGCCAGAGGCAAUACCACAUAGCCUCCAUAAAAUAACACAGUGUUUAAUUCGAUCUCAGCACUUAAUGUUUUGUGUAAAACAAUUCAGGAUUUAGAAAAUACUGGAGAUGUGUAAUGGUAAAAUGUCAUUCUUCCUUUCCCUCUCAUUUCAGGGUUUUGUUUGGUGGGGUUUUUUUUACAUAGGCAAUUUUUUAAACUACAAAGCAAUCUCAAAAUUGUGUUCUAAGAUUAUAGUACCAGCUUGGUUUAAGAGUGUGAAUUGGAUUUUUCUGUUUUAUGGAUCCAUAGAAAUUAGUGAAAAAUUUAAUUGGAAGGCGACUACACAACAUACGAUUCACAUUUGAAAAUCUGGUAGAAAAGAAUUACCAAAUGUAUUUAUUGAUCAUAGCGUUGCUCCGUGCAUGGAUUUCCUCCUUUUGAAUUCUCACAUAUUGAUGCAUUUCACUUUCAAAAUUGGCUGGCCAGAUCUUGAGUAACAGAUAAGGCAGUUUUCCAGAGGAAAAAAUGAGGUGCUUUCUGAACUUACUGUCCUGUUUAACCUAUUUUCCAUCCUCUGCAUGUUCUUGGUUUAGAAAAAAAAAUAUUCAAAACUAAAGGAUUGUGGAAUAUUCAUAAAAGUCAGGCUAGCAUUGUGUCUUAGUGUUUGAAAAUGCAAAAUCAGGUCACCGAAGCCCCUGAAUAAAUUAGUCUAUUAUACUAUGGUUAUGCAAACCUUUAUAAAUAUUUUAAAAAAUCAAGUAUGGUUCCCGGUAAACAGGUAUUGGAAUAGAAAUUAAACACGGUGAGAUUUUUAGGCUGACAGUUAAAUACUAGCCCUGAUUCUUAAAGUGGUUAGUAGUAAUUUCUGUUUUCAAAGUGCUUUGCAACAACAAACCAAUGAGAAAUAACUGUCUUGUCUUAGUUUGAAAAUGCAAACCUUCCCGAGUCAGAGAAACUGAUUUACAUAGUCCUAGUUCUCUGCUUAGUUCACUGCUAUUAUGCUACUGAGGUGUCCAUUGAUUCUGUCUGGUGAUGAGGAAUUUCUAGAUGAUAGUCGUUCAUGUUGACAUCAAAAAGACGCUGAGACAAGCUGAAAGUUUCUCUGCAAAUGCACUAAUUAGAUCUCUAAAGAUUUUCAAACGUUUAUCACAUAUGGCUCCAUGGCCCAAAUUAUUUUUUGCACUAAAAGUUUACUUCUACUUUGUCUAUUUUUCUUUCUGCUUCCCAGCACUAGGGAAGCGUGUCCUUUACUAAUUGCUAGUUGACAAACGGUUUUUACUUGAGAACAAAAGGGAAUUUCUCGUCUUUCUCUGUAUUAGGUGCAUUCGUGACUCCUUUCCCAUGAGCUCAGUAAUGGCACAACAGAUAAAAUUCUUGUGUUAAUUUAAUAUUUGAGACUAAGUUCACAAAAGGCUUCUGGUUAUAUUUUUCAGUAUUGCUCUUUUUUUUUUAACCUGCCACUGCUAUCAUGGCUUAAUUUAAAAAUGGGUAAUAUAAAAAAUAAGGUAUAUUUCUGAAAAUCCACAAUGAGAAACACCAGUCUAAGUGUGGUUCACGGGCACACCAUUGGCCACGCCUAGAGAUUAUUCCACCAGAAAGCGCAUUCAUCCUUGGUUGUUGGUUCCUAUUGGUCCUAGAGAGCUCAUCUGCCCUAUUAUAAAAAUAAGAUAUUUGGAAGUGACUUAGUAUCUGUGAACUGGCUUAAUUUUUCUCCUCUACCCGCGUUCCUUUCCCGCCACCUCCUCCUCAACAGAAACGGUCUUUGGGAACUGUUACCCUGCUAAAGUAGUCGUCAGAUGGAAAAGUCUGAGAGCACUGCAGCAGUGAUGUGGUGCUCCCAGACUUGUAAAUGUGAGUGCUCCAUUCAUCAUCACAAUGGGUAGAAGAGAAAAGCCAACACCUCUCUUCUGGUCUGGGAGGUCGGGUGAAAUGUCAGCUUCCGGCACGUCCAACUGUUCCUUGGUAGUGAUGCUGUUUCUGGAUGGGAUUAUGAUGUUCGGAGUGCUGUGCUGAAGAAAGAAUAAAGCGGAGCAUUCGUGCAAAAGAACAAAUGACAAAUGAGCAGUGAAGUGAAUUAGAAGUGAAAAUGAGUGCAAAAGCAAAAGUAAUGAUCUCAUUUAACAAAGUUUUGCUCAAAGGAGUGGUGCUUGACUUUUGAGGUCUCGGAUACGACUCUAGGUGUUAUUUUAUUCCAAAAGGAGCAGUCCUCUGAGUUAUAGGUAUUGUUUGAAAACUUCUAACUACCUAUUGCCAUUUUUGUUUAUUAGCUGUUUUUACAGAUUCAUGUUUUCUCGCUUUCCACCUUAAGUCAGCUCAAGUUCAGGCUUAUUGAUACUUCUAGAGUUGUGCCAGGAUCAUUUACAAAUCUCUCUAUUUUUUUUUUCAAGGAAUGUGCAGACGAAGUUGUGGGCUGGGGGAGAGAGAGACAGAUUUUGUAUUUCACUGAUCUCUAUCUUUGCCUAAAGAACAAAUACUCAAUAAAAUCUUCAGCUAACGUUUGGAAUUA